UACAGCAGGCUCAGGAGUUAAAGAUGGUGCAUUUCCUUCUUUCACAGUUAUUACACACGUGAGUUUUUGUACGAAGAUUUUCGUCGUUAAUUCUAUUUUAGCUGAGGAUGGAACACACUGAAAAAUUUAAAUUGAACUUUAAGUAAUAAGCAGUUCAUCCCUAAAGCUCUAUUACUAUGAAUGUGCCUAAAACAAAGGUAGAACUACAUGUUCAUUUGGACGGGUCACUGAGAAUAACGACAAUUAUUGAAUUGGCCAAAAAGAAGGGAAUCCAUUUACCGUCGUAUGAUCCGAAGGUGUUUAAAGAAUAUGUCAGUUUGAAAGAACCAAAGUCCUUGACAUGUUUCCUACAUUGUUUCAGUUAUUUUAUCCCCGUAAUUGCUGGUGAUCCCGUAGCACUGGAAAGAAUAGCUUAUGAAUUUUGUGAAGACAAGGCAAAUGAUGGUGUGUUAUAUUGUGAAGCUCGCUAUUGUCCUCAUAUUUUAGCCAACUGUGAAGUUGCUGGAACUGUAUAUGCACAUGAUGACAAUAAUGAUUGCCCUCCAAGAAGAGUUGUUGAUAGCAUAUGUAAAGGUUUUGAACAGGGAUGCAAAGAGUUUGGUGUGAAAAUACGAACUAUAUUAUGUUGCAUGCGACAUAAACCUGAGUGGUCCUUGGAAAUAGUUGAUCUUUGUGAGGAAUUUAGGAAUCGUCAUGUUGUAGGACUAGACAUUGCUGGUGAUGAAUCAAUGGGAGAGAUUCCUGCUAUGAAGGAACAUGUAUUAGCUUUUCGGGUACCAUCUAUCUAUUUAUUGUUGACUUUACAUUGCUGUACACAAUGUCAGAAUACGCAUGUCCCUAAAUUUUCCCUAAAGAUUAUCUUUUUGUUUAACUGUCAUAAUAUUUUUGUUUUUAUAAAGAGAGCCAAAGAACUUGGAAUUCAUAGAACAGUACAUGCAGGAGAGGCAGGUCCUGCUGCUAGUGUUCAUGAAGCCAUUUUUCUUCUUCAUGCAGAGCGAAUAGGCCAUGGUUAUAAUGUUUUACAAGAUCCUGCAUUAUAUAAACUGGUUAUCAACAAGAAAAUUCAUUUGGAACUGUGUCCAACUUCAAGUAUCAUAACUGGAGCAGUUCCUGGGCCAUUUCAUAAACAUCCUGCCAUAAAAUUUGCCAGAGAUGGAGCAAACUUCUCUCUCAAUACUGACGAUAUGUUGGUUUGUCAAACAAAUAUGAAUCAUGAAUUUAACAUUGCUUUUAAUGAAAUGAAAUUUAGUGCUGCUAUGCUAGCAAAAGCUACAUUCAAUGCUGCCAGGUCAAGUUUUUUACCACCAAAGGAGAAAGAAGGACUGAUUGAAGAAUUAAAAGUCAUUUAUGGUGCAACAUUGUGUUCUGAAGGUGUGGACAAAUAAUAGGAUUAUUAAAUGAAUAAUUUUUAGCCAAACAUUAUUUUUUAAUUUUAGAUUCAUAUAUUUCAAUUCAAUUUUA